AUGUCUAGCUCGGUGGAUGUUCCUCCUUCGCGGCAAGGCCAGGCGAUGGACGUCGAUGGCGACGUUCUCGAGUCUCAGGGCGCUGCCGGUCGGUCAAUGCCCGCCGCUGGACCAAGCGAUACAAGUGAUCCCGCCGCGACCCUGCGUGCUGCCGCUCUUAUGACUCUCAAGCGCGGCAGGCCAAGAAGAGGAUCCUCCGUGGUACCUGCGCCUCCCAGGAGACCUCUCCCUGCUUCCAGCCGUGCGGAUAUCAUUCCUCCUGAUUCUGUACAGCUUGAUUACGGGUCUGACGAAAUGAUACCUGCCGUGGUGCCUGUCUCGAAACCGGCCCCUGCAUCCAAGAACGACAAAGCGGCUCCAAGUGACGACAAAUCCGCCCCCAAGGACGACAAAGAUGCCUCCGAAGACGAGGAAGGUCAAAUACGAGAAGAGGGCGAGAUCAGUGAUUCAGAGUCCACUACACCCCAGCAUCCCUCAAAUGUCAAGACACCAGCCCCCAAAAGUACACCUGCAGCCGAAAUGCCCUCGCCUACACCUCAGAUACCCAGCGUCGACAAAUUGUCCCUAAAACCACAUCCUAUACGGACUUCUCCUCCCGCCAAUCCCUCAACUGGUAGCAUCGCCCCUUUGGUUGCCUCUCCGAUUUCCAUCGCACCGACGACUAGAUCAUCAUCAUUGGAUACUGUUCAGCCCGUUGUGGACGAGAAUCACGUCCGGCCUGGUCUCGCAAUGACCCAAGUUCAAUACUCGACGGCUCAGGACAUCAUUCUUGAUUUGCUUGGAUGGGGCGUUCCACCUGAAUAUCUUGUCGAUUACGGCCUCAGCCGGGAGGUUAUAUUCUACGUCUUUACCGAUCUUCAUCUGCGACUACCUAGCAAUUUGGAUUGCACUGGCCUCGCGGAAUGGCAUCCACCGAAUGGACGACUAUCGGCGCCUUCAGAUAUGCUAUCGACAAGGGUCCCUCCGCCUCUGCAAGCAUCAAGAAGACGCUCUUCCGGACAUCCAUCUUUACCUCCUAAACCCAGCGUCCCUCAAGGGCAGGUAGUAACUCGCACUUCGUCGUCUGGCCUUUCGACUUCGGCGGCUCCGUUUAUCCCCAACACUCAACCUUCUCCGAACACCCCAUUGAGGCCGUCUUCUAGCCUCAACGACAUGGAACAACAGCGUCGUCAAGAACUCCUGGCUCGCAAGGCCGCUCUUGCGUCAAGGAAGUUAAAGGCAGCGGCAUCACUUGCGGAGACUAGUUCGCACUCUACGCCCUCGUCUACUGCUUCUUCACCUCGGGCGCCGCCAUCAGCCUCUGAUAUCGUCAUGAACAUGGCCGGCGGAGCCCCGAAGCUUACCUCCGUCGCGUUUGGAGAUUCGUUCGCGAGCAUGAGCACCAAGGCCGUGCCGGAAGCGACCGUGGAAGAGCUGCUCAGGGCGGCGCUCGUGCAAGCAUCUGGAACGGCAUCGGACCCGAAUGUGAUGGACGUCGACGAGCCGAUCCCUGGCUUUGGACAGAUCACGACAGCAUCCGGGUCUGGUUCCACCUCCGCCUCCGCCUCACGCGCGUCACCCCCUCAUCACACCGCGGAUCGUGCCCCUCGCCCUGGAUCAAAGACGUCAGGGCCACCACCCGCUAGCGGCAGCGCCGCGGCGCCGUUUCGGAGCCCACCACACGACGCGGACGCCACCUCCGCCAACGGCACGCCAUCGGCAACGUCGGCUCACGCCGAGGACGACGGCGCCGCCCCACCGCCGUCCGCGUCUUCGUUCGGAAGCGAGGCCUCGACCGUGCGGCGGGGGACGAAACGACCCGUAGCCGCGGACUUUGUGGACUUUGAUCCCGGCCCCCGCGCGCGCUCGCGGAGCAAUCCGCAUGGCCAGCCGGACGAGGUGAGCCACGGCCAUGGCCAAUCCCUGGCCCGGCUCUCGCGGAAGAACGGAAGCUUUGCGGGCUUGACGGGAUCGCGGCGGUGCGUGAUCGAGCUCAGCGACGACGAGGGGGACGAUGGGCGGGGCGAUGAGGGCGCGAACGGGCAUGGCCAGAGGAACGGGCAUGAGGGGGGUGACAACGAUGGGCUCGCGAGGAACGGCAGACCGUUCUGGUCGCCGGCGCCUCAUAUACCGUACGCGAGCGGGGCGGCGACGCCGACGACGAGCAUGAGCCCGCGGAUGCUGACGCAGAGCCCGGCGGCGCUGUUGGAGAAGGAGCAGGAGAUCAAGCGGAUGCGGGAGAUGAUCGCGCAGAGGGAGAUGCUCAGGAAGAAGAAGCUGGCGCUUCAGGCGGUUUCUGGGGCGACUACAGGGCCGCCUACGCCGGUGUCGCAGAUGCCUGGGCCUACGUCCAAUGGCACUACGUUCGCAGUCACACCGCUCGCCAGGACGCCCGAGGUUACCGCACCGACGACACCCGAACGCAAGGAAGACAGCAACGACGAUGUCCACCACGAUGACCCCGAGCAUGUGAAGACUGAACUGAAAUCGCCUCUGGCGCUCAAGAUGCCUAUCGGUUGA